AUGCUAUUUCCAAGGUUGAUCUGCGGUUUAUUUUUGUUGCUCCACAAGUCCGUGAGUGGAUAUAUUUAUCGCGCCAUAUCUAUGUACGAGGAGAAUGGCAAGCUUACGGCGGACCCAUUUGACGUUGGUCAAGCUGAUACAUUGAUUGAGAAGAAUGGCGUUGGCAAGGUGUGCAAAUCAAUGAAGUCAGGUAGGUACAUUGUAAGCUCAUAUAUUCAACGAUGCCCUAUUGGGACCACCAAGUGUGGCCCAGAGUUUGACGCGACUCUUGGUAAAUGUGCGGACUUCUCCGGAUGCUAUACGGUUAGCAAUAACACGCGCGCCUGCACUUGCAUGUCUGGUUACUUCGGAAAUCCAUACGUUCAAUGCUUCAAAUAUUGUGAAACCGAUCUCGAUUGCCCAUCACCAUAUGCGGAGUGCCGUCAGGACUCAGGAGAACUUCUCAAGCGUUGCAAAUGCAAGCAGGGAUGCCCCGGUGAUGGCGUGAUUUGCAAGCCGCAAAACAUUUGCACUGAUACGAAAGAAAAUGCUGAGACCCAUCGUAAGUGCUUGCAAACUAGCACCACGGAAAAAAGUUAUGUAUGUGACGACGGGUACUAUUUAGAUACCUAUUACAAAUGUGUUAAAAUUGUUGCCAUCGAGAAUGACAAGAUAAUCAGUGUAGUUGCCAACAACUUUGUUGAUGGAAGCCGUAUUGAUAUAGGUAAAUGCUUCUCCAUGGAAAUUAACAAAGAAAAUGGCGAGUCGCGCUUUUACCAGAUGAACAGUGGAGAUGCUGUAGUGGUGAAGAGUAAGAUCGUCACAAGUCCGCAACUCUAUUUAGCAGUGGAGGUAAAGGCGAAUGACGUCAUCGUAUUUGCGAUGCUUGAGGAUGACCGUUCUAAGCUGGCGAAGCUCUUCAGUAUAUCAAAUGGUCUUAAAGGAUGCCAAAUAGAUGGCGUGACUAAGUAUGAUCCGACAGGGAUUCGCGUAAACCCUUCUCAGGUUAAGGUGGAGGUUAAAAAUCUUGUUAAUAACCCCGAGAGAAGCGAGGAGCUUUGA